GACCGAAGAUGCGUUCGUCCACUACCUCUAUCGUACUCCAGAGCAACGACCUACCAUAAAUAUUGGUGCAAAUCAUGAAUAGAGUGAAGAAGAGAUAACUGCGCCCGAAUUAUUUUUCUUCUGCAGCACUGCUUUUCCUGUCGCCAAUGUUUACGGGUUGGAUUACAGCGUUCAAAUUAUGAUGGGUCAGAGCGAUUUGAAUCGCUGCUGCUUUGUCGAGCAGGGUGUGCAAUUCAGAUUGUGCCCUUAUUUAUUUUGUUUUGUUCUCGUUUUACAAUACACAGUUUUGGGCGAGAACGGAGACGCGCUGUGGCGUAGCGACCAGCCGCGCGUCCUUAACAACUUGGAUCGCUACGAGAUUACUUAUCCUCAGUGGUUGAAUCCGGCGCGACACAAGAUAUCCCACUGGAACAUAAAGUAUCCUUCGGAGGCAGAAGUCAAGAUUGCUGUGGGAGGAGUGGAGUUGGUUCUCCAGCUACAGAGAAAUGAGGAGUUGUUGGCCCCCGGUUAUCAAGAGAUAUGGUAUAGUCCAAAUGGUGACCGCCGGUUUUCCAGGCCUUCCAGUCGGGAGCACUGUUACUACCAUGGUGCAGUCAGAGGAAUCGAGGACUCCAGUGUUGUUCUCAGCACCUGUGCAGGGCUCAGGGGCAUGAUAGCCAUGAACCACAGUGUGACCUACAUGAUUGAGCCUCUAGCCAAUCACAUGGUAUCUCAAGGCCAUGCGGUGUUCCGUGCUGAGAGCCUGAAAAUAACUCCUGGCACCUGUGGCCAUCCCCAUGACGUCCAGAAUCACACAGACAAGCUGCAGGAUCUGAUUGGUGGGAUUGCACAGGCCAAUAGGUGGAGAAGAGAUGUCAGCCGCAGCACAAAGUAUGUGGAGUUCAUGUUGGUGGCAGAUCAAGUGGAGUUUGUGAAACAUGGCCGAGACUUGGAGAAGACCAAAAGAAAACUACUUGAAGCAGCUAACUAUGUCGACAAGUAUUACAAAGCGCUAAAUAUCCGGGUGGCCCUGAUCUGGCUAGAGAUUUGGAACAAGCAGAAUAAAAUCAAUGUGACGGACAACCCCUACAGCACCCUCGGAGCCUUCCUCACCUGGAGAAGGAAGCAGCUGCUACAACUGCCCAAUGACAACGCACAGCUCGUCACGGGAGUGUCCUUCCAGGGCACCACUAUUGGACUGGCUCCACUUAAAGCCAUGUGCUCGGAGUAUCAGUCGGGAGGCGUUAACUCGGAUCACUCAGAAAAUGCCGUCGGAAUAGCUGCUACCAUGGCCCAUGAGAUGGGGCAUAACUUUGGAAUGAGCCACGACAGCGAGGGCUGCUGUCAAGCCUCUCCGGAGGACGGGGGCUGCAUUAUGGCCGCGGCUACAGGACACCCUUUCCCACGUGUAUUUAACCCGUGUAACCAGGCCGAGCUAAAGCGCUAUCUGAACUCUGGUGGGGGGAAGUGCCUGUUUAACCCCCCAAACACCAAGGCCAUGUAUGGAGGCCAGCGCUGUGGUAACGGCUACCUAGAGGAGGGGGAGGAGUGUGACUGUGGAGAGGUGGAGGAAUGUUCCAGUCCAUGUUGCAAUGCCCAUAACUGCACACUGAAAGCAGCUGCUGAAUGUGCCCAUGGAGUGUGUUGUCAGGACUGCAAGCUGAAGAGGCCGGGUGUCCUGUGUCGCCCUUCAUCAGGCUCCUGUGAUCUGCCCGAGUACUGCGAUGGAAAGUCGGAGUCUUGCCCUGCUAACUUCUACCUGGUAGACGGCAGCUCCUGUGCACAAGGGACAGCCUACUGUUACACGGGCAUGUGUCUGAACCUGGAGCAGCAGUGCUACUCUCUCUGGGGGAAAGAUGCCCAACUUGCUCCGGAUCUGUGCUUCACUAAGGUGAAUGAGGCUGGUGAUACCUAUGGAAACUGUGGCAAGGACCUGAUGGGCAAAUACAGGGGCUGCAAAAAACGGGACGCUAAAUGUGGCAAGAUUCAGUGUUUGAGCAGCGCCUCCAAACCCAUUGAGACCAACGCCGUAGCCAUCGACACCACAAUCCGUGAGGGCCAGCAGGAGAUACACUGUCGGGGUACGCACGUAUACCGACCUGACCAGGAGGAGGAAAGCCAGGGUGACACACUAGACCCAGGGCUCGUUAUGACCGGAACCAAGUGUGGCAACAAUGCAAUUUGUUUUGAUGGAGAGUGUCGUAAUGUAACCUUCCUCCGAGCGGAUGAAUGUAACACCAAGUGUCACGGCCGUGGGCUCUGCAACAACAAUCACAACUGCCACUGCGAUGCAGGCUGGGCACCACCAUAUUGUGAGGAAGCCGGCAACGGUGGCAGUCAGGAUAGCGGCCCAGUGAUCCCACACCGCAGCUUACUUCCCCUCUUGGUGUGCCUGCCGCUGUUUUUCUUCGGAUUGGCUGUUCUGUUCAUCUACUGGUGCUACAGGAAGAAGCUUCCUUUACUUAAAAGCACCGUCCAUCCUCCUCAUUGCAUAUGCAUUAAUACGCCAGCUUCACCGAAAUCCAAAGCUCCUAAUGGUCAUGCCAACCCAACAUUCCAAAUAAAGGGAUCUGGCACAGACAAAACAGAUAGCCAGCAGUCUUGUCUGUCUGGUUCACCCAGAUCGAGACAUGCCAUUGUUCGACCCACGGUCAAACCUCCACCAAUCCCAGCAUACGCACUGCAACAGCAGAGUCCAGUGCUCUCCGAGACCACUUCUAGGCCCCAUCCAUCUCUGCCAGCUGCCCCCAGACCGAGCCCUCCCAACAGACCUCCCCCACCCUGCCCCAUUACCAAACCCUCUCACAUCAAAGAGGAGGUGUCAAAAAGAAAAGAUCCCAAAAUAUCACCAGCGAUAUUACAGAAAGGGAAAUCCACUCUGCUGCCCCCUUCUGGCCAUAACAGGUUUUAAAGUGAAAUCUCUGGCCACAGCUGAAAUUUUAUGAAGCUCAUGAAGGUAAAGGACCUUAUGCCUCUGUGUUCCUAAAAUGAUGGACAGGAACCUGCAACAUUCAGGCAUGCACUUCUGCUAAAGUGACCAUGGAGGCUUCCUCAGCCCAACACCACGUCUGCCUAAUGCACUCGAAACCAGAAGUGUGACAUACUUGUGGCAUUUUACUUUGUUUUGGUACUGUUAGAAUAUUCAUGUGCCAUAUUUCACAUUUAUUUAUUGCUAAAGGUGAGAAGAUACAAGAGAAAAGGUUUAUUGAUACUGUCUUUAAAUAUGAGCAUGAAACUUACAUUAAGAACAUGUCAAAUUUGGAUUGCACGCAACAGUGAAAAUCAUGCCACCUGGUGUGAAGACCACAUAAUGACACAGUGAGUUUUGUGCUUGGUGUGUCAUGAUGUAUAGUUAUGCCAGUUCACACAUCCAGAUUCACUAUUCAGUGAUUAUUUUGCUACCAUCUGUUCUUUUCUGUGCACACUUGGUCAAGUAAUUGUAUAGAAUAUGACCAUCAAAAUAAUAUUUAGAAAGUGCUGGAGAUUGUAAAUAAAUCUUGGUCAUCAAAUGACUUGCAGCUGUCUUGUGACUCCAGUGACAUGAAAUUCACUUUGCUUUUUCUCUGUUCACUCACAAGCCACUUGGCAACACUUGAUGAAAUGCACCUUAUAUUGUGUAAAAGAAGGGCACCAAACCAGGGAAUGAAUAUUGAAUAUGUACUGUACAAUAAGAUAGUGUUAAGACUGAUUUGCUGUAAUAAGUUAUUGAUUGAAGCCCUUUGAAAGCUAUUGCAACCACAAUAUACAAUCCUUUCAAAAUCUGUAGGUGUUGCAACAUUCAUCUAGGUCAGACCUAGAUUUUGAAAAGAUUGUAUGAAUGAUGUGUGUGAUAUACAGCAAAGGUCUUUUUUCAGAACUUUCUUCAACCUGUCUUUACAGUUGAUCAUGGCAGUGUGAACAUUUGUAAGUCUUACAAAUCUAACUUAGGCUAUUUAAACAUAUACAUUAUGUCCUAACAAAAGGAGGUGAAUGUGUUUAUCUGUAGUGAUCUUACAUAGGCUUUUUUGUUUAUACAUUGAACUGAAAUAUUGAAAUUGAAAGACUAUGAAAAUCAUGUAUUAGAGCUGGAAUGAUAUUGACUCUGAGUCAAUAAGCAGGCAUACUGAUGCCUAAAACUGGGACCAUAUAUACUGAAAAAACACACUGUGAAUGGCAUGAUUAGAGCUGUUGCAAGGCCAGUUUCCUAGACCCAGUUUAUGCGUAAUCUUAGAUUAAACAAUUUGCAACACUGAGUCCCCAUUGGCAUCGCAGUGCAAGACUAGUCCUGUCCACGAAUCUGACCUAUAAUGAAAUGUCCAUAAUUUACAAUGGUCUAUAUUCAACAUUACCUUAAAGUUGACUUGAUUAUCCUCAGGUUUGAUUAUUUUUUUUGCACUUUGUCAAGAUGUGAGAAUGCAUUGUUUGUUAACAAUUACAGAAACUGCACUAAAUCAGCAGUUCUGAGCCAAUGUUAUGAUUGAAAAUUUGACUUAAGCCUCUUCUGCCAACCAAUAAAACAUUAUAUGAUUGCAGAUUUUUA